AUGCCGUACAACACUCGUCGCAAGUCGCUCUCUCUCCCUUCUCUCGGAAUCCACGUUCCUUCCUCCAACCCCCGGCCAACCAACAGAGUGUCCCAAAACAACACAAACAAUAUGCAUCACAAGACGUCGGCCUCAAGACCAUCGACAAUAUCGCCCGCGUCAUCAGAUAACCAAUCACACCCCAACAAGAAGGCAAAACGAUCGCACUCCAACGAUGCGUCGAUCCUAGCCAUGUCUAUAGUUCCCUCUAAGACGUCCAAGCCUUGCGCCGCACCUGUCAAGUAUGAACACACCCCGCCACCAUCGCCGGGACUUCAAUUUUCCAUCGAGAUGGAAGACUCGGAGCCUUCCGAGUCUGCGGAGAUGCAAGCCAUCGACCUGGAAGGCAUCAACGAUGACAUCGUCGAAGCCGUCAUCAUGCGACUGCAAGAGACGCGCAACCGACCGCAUCUGGUCAAGGAGCUUACCAACGUUCUCAUGGGUCAAGUCAAGAUAGUGCAACAGUCUGCCAACCCAUGCGCAAUCAUCUCAUCCCGACUUUCCACAUACUUGAAGCGCUCCUGCUGGUCCGCGGUAGCUCCCUGUCCCUUGGCCAAGGAGCUUGAGACGGUCCACCCGAGGCGGACCUACUUUUACCUCACCGUUUGCCCUCAUCAACCUCUUCCCGACGCCUCAACUGCGCAACGCGCCAUCGUGACGCCGUCUCUGUCGAGCUCUGUGUCAACGUCGGAAGAUGCGGACAUGGACCGGAGGAGAGAGCUCAGCUUGUCGCCCGAGGUCGACUUGUCGUCGCCUGAAUUCGACGACGUCGAAGAGGACAUGCCGAUGCCUGGGACCCCAAUGGGCUCGAAGCGCCAGCGCUCGCUGACUUGUUCCAUGUCGCGCACCCAGAGAGGCGAGGAGCCACCGUUGGAGAAGGACGAGAAGGAGUUUACACAGACGGCCGACGGACUGCAGAAGCGGAAGCUCAGCGGUGGCCUUUUGUCAGCCGGCCCUGUUGACAACAUGGACAUGGAUGACAGCAUCCAUCACGAACAACUUUUCGGCGAGACGAAAGGAAUUAAUCUGGUGCCCAACCUGCUUCCGCAUGUGCACUUCAUGACGAGCCCGGCGAUGCGCCCGAGCCUGAUGGUACCUUCCAAACGGGACGUCGAGGCAGAGAGCUGGUCCAAGCUCGACGCCAUGCUGGACUGGAACCGGAGCCCCGAAACCGUUGAGCUGGAUGAGCUCGAUGGUUUGUUGAAUGACUACUAA